CUUAUAUUAAAACCUAUAAUUUGUAGUUAAUAGUGAAACAUGUAUUAUUUGUUUGAAAGUCAUGACAUCUUAAAUUAAGUGCGCUGCGUCGAGUUUCGAAAAACAUCAAAGAACACUAUGCAAAGAUACACAAGUCUGCGGGGCUUUGCCCUAGGUUGUAACAGAUGGACUCCAGUGGCUACAUUGGUCAGAAAUCUAGUAGAUGGCAAACUCUUGAACGCUGAGGAUCUGCUGAGAAUGCAAAAGGCCAUACAGUUUGUGUCAAGGUUAGAUGCCAAACAGCUGGAGAGAAAGAAAACCAUUGAAGUUCUACAUAGUCAGCUGCUACAUAGUGGAGAGUUGGUUCCCGAAGAGUUAUCUACACUGGAUUUACACCAUAUGCUUACUAAAUGCGGCAACAUCAAUGAUUGCCAUAAAUAUCUCUACAGUGCCUAUGUAAUGGAACAAAAGUUCAAGAAGAAACAAACUAUAAACACAGAGAUGAGACUAAAUUUGAACCAGGAUCCACCUCUUUUUAGAACUAGUGGACAAUAUAGAAUUGUCAAAAGUCUCCAAGGAUUUUUACAUGGACCACCAGUGGUGUUUGAUUUGGGUUAUGAUUUAAAUCCAAAUGAAGCCUAUCAAGUGUAUUUAGAAUCUAUGCAAUGUGCAGAAUAUAACCUACAUCAUCCUCAGCCUCUACAUUUACAUUUCACAAGCUUUAAAAGAAACCAGGAGUUUCGUGAGCGUUUUAGUGAUGACAGUGAAUUCGAAACAGAUAUUCGUGCUGACUUUCAAGAAGCAUCCAUUUUGGAUCUCUAUAAAAUUCACAGCAAACUAAUCUACCUAAGCCCUGAUGGUCCACCACUUAAAAGAUUUAGUGGCAAAGAAACUUUUAUUAUUGGAGGAAUAUCUAGUAGAAACAAAAUUGAACGCUUGUCAUAUGGCAAAGCUCAGGAGCUUGGAAUCCGUUGUGCUUCAUUUCCAAACAGAUUUAAAAAGUGGGAGGGUCAUAAACACCAAAACCUCAGCUUGCUGGAGGUAUUCAAGGUGUUAAAUGAUGUCCAUCUCUGUGGUAACUGGGAGCAGGCGUUGCUUGGCAAUCUGCAUCCCAGCAUGUUUCAGAGAAAGAAGAGCAAGGAGAUAUCAAAAACUGUUACUAUCGAGGUCUAGAUAAUGACCAACCCCGGAACUGUUGGGACUAACUUUCAUAAUUAUGUAUGUGAUUCCUUAUUGAAGAAAAUCGGGGCUAUUCAAGUAAAACAUAUAACCCCCGGGGGGAAGGUAGUUAUUUAAAUAGUAUAUAGGUGGGUGUCUUUUUCCGCUAAUUUGGACCCCAGAAGGGUAAAUUUGCUUCUGUAGGGGAGUGGCAUAAUUUAAAAGUGCCUCCCCCCCCCCCGGGAUUAUAUGUUUAAAUGGAAAAGCCCUCAUGGAGAUCAAAUACUAUUUAUGGUGUGAUGAUUGAUUACAAUUGAAUAACUGUCAUUGGCACGCACAAUAAAUGAUUGUUAUCAUCAAUAGUUGAUUUUCAGUGUAAUAUUUUACAAAACCAUAUUAUACAUAGGUGCAUAGUUAUUUCUUAAGGGAAAACCAGAGUUCCUGGAAAAAAUCCGAUUGUCAGGCCUGGUGACCACAUAUCAAACUCGCAUGCACCCAGGCCGGGAAUCGAACACCGGUUGCCUAGGUGAGAAGCGAGUGCGCUAACCACUGUGCUUACCUAACACUCUCAAAGGAGAGUAUAUAAUUGACACUUUGUCCAUAAGUUUUUCUAACCUAAGGAUUUUGAAUUAACUUUGUACAAAGGUUCAUCACAUCAAGCUGACAUGCAGACAUAUCUUAGUCCAAGCCUAAAGUCAGUUAAAUCUUUGUCAUGUUAACUUUAUUACUUUUCUUCCCAUUAAAGUUAUUUGGCAUAAAACAUUGCAAUUAGCUAUUUAUAAUUGGAAAACUCUUAAUCCGAAAAUUAUCGCCAGAAGGCGGAGUUAUUGAAGGUCAACCAAUCAGGAUGUACAUUGAGAAGACCCUGAUCAAAUGAUAAAAAGUUUGUUGUAAUGCAAUAGAAAAAGCUGAGAAAUCAUGAAAAAUGUUGAGUGGGGGUCUCAUUUAGUAAGGAAAGGUAUAGCAAUUAAACAUGUCA